AUGACCCUAAAACAGAAAAUAGAAUUAUUAAAUAAAGAAUUCACCACUCUCAAACAAAAAAUCAAUGCUAAAUUACAGGCUAAUCAGCAGACUAUUACUCAAAAAGAUCAGCAGUUAGCAGAAAGCAAUCGCAAUUUAGAAACCGCCUUAAAAGAGAAUACUGAAAAUGAAAAAGAUAAUAUGUUGAGAGAGGAAAUUUUGCGGAGUUGGAAUGCUUAUAAACAAAAAGUCUCGGGUAAUAAAAAAAAUCAAUUAACUAACUCCGAAAGAGAAUUUUUUGAAUUAUUAUCCGGCAACUUAAUGGAUAUAAAUACUCCCAAAGAAGACAUUUUGAAAGCGAAUAUGAGGGAAUUAAAACACAAAAGGAACGCUUUAAAUGACGAAUAUAACGAAAUUUAUCAAAAGUAUGUCAAUAUGAGUUUUAGUGAAGAUUAUGGAAGUGUUUCUUUCCAUCUCGACCUAACUUACAUGGCUUAUAGUAAUAUUAACCGAAUAUACGGCUAUUUUGUUCAAGCCCUAGGAAAUGUUGAGCCAGUUUUUUACUGUCGUUAUUGUGAGUGUGACAAUUGCGAAAAAGUGAGGCGAGAUGGACCCUCUAUUGAGGAGAAAAUAAAUGUCUCGGGUAAUUUCACCACUGCCGAAGACUUAGUAAAAACCUUUUUAAAAGUAACAGGACCGCGACAAAAAGCCAAAGAAAAGAAUGACCCUAAAUUUGCUGGUGAUGCUGGAUACUGGAAAGGUUCGCAUAAACUAGACGAAGACGCCGAAGUAUUGGCUAACUUCUUUAACAGCAUUGCCAAUAUUACUGAUGACAUUAACAAUAUUAAAUUGUCGGCCAAUGAGACAAUAUUUAGCAAUAACAAGCAACAAUUAAUUGCUAAAAUCCAAGGUCUUAUUGGUAAAUGUCGCAUUACCUCUUCCACCUCUAUCGACAAUUUUUCGGUUAAACUUCAAAGGAACUUAACCGCCGUUGAAAAAUUGGAACCCAAACAUCAAAAAGAGAUCUUGGAUUUGGAAAAAGAGGCCCGCGAAGCCGAAAGUGCUUACAAAGAAAAUUUGCAAAAAGCCGAUAAUGAGACUGAUCCUGAAAAGAAAGCAGAAUUCAUUGUUCUAGCCAAUAAAGCCGCCAAGAAAGCCGAAGAAAUUAAGCGAAAAGUUAAAAAUAAUCCUAUUGCUCAAUUAGCCAAUUUUAAUUAUUUAGAUGAUUUAAGAGCACUACAAGGUAAUGUUCCGCCUAAUGUUUGCCCCGACAGACAACCAGGCGGCAGAGGUUCGGGCAACAAUAGCAACGGCGGAGGAAGCGGGAGCGGCCAAACGCCCAAUCCCUUGGAAGACCCCAAAAGCUUUUUCGAGCAAAAUAAGAUGAUGAUAGUGGUUGCUCUGGGAUUGGUCGGAAUAUUGCUCUACAUUUUUCUCCAAAAAGACAGCGAAGAUGAUGAAGAAGCCAAGGAAGAAAAAAAGAAUAACAUGAAAAAACAGCAACAACAAUUAUUAAUCACCCUUUUACUCUGCGGCGUUGGCUAUUAUUUUUUGGUCUAUUUGCCGGAAGAGGAAAAUAAGAAAAAAACGGAAAGAGAAAAACGGCAAGCACCGCAAAAAAUAGUAAAUGGCAAAAAAAGUUCGCUGUUAGGCGAAUAUCAGAAAUUUGCUAGUCUUUUCCCCGAUGGCGAUCGGAAUGAAAAAUUUUACUUUUCUCGGGCUGCUCCUUACACUGUUUAUUUUCCACCAUCACUACAAAGUUAUUAUGAAAAGGGUAAGGAAUUAGAGUUGGAAGAAUCAGUAGAAAAUCCAACUCGUGGGAAUUAUGAAAAAGGAUUGGGUAAUAAUGCCUUAUUCUAUGGUGCUCCUGGCACGGGCAAGACAGAAACGAUGAGAAAUCUUUGCGUAAAAUCCGACAAAUAUCCGUUAGUGGUUGUUGUAGGUUCUGACUUAACCCCCACCGACUUGGUUAAAGAUUAUGGACUUGAAAGAGAGGAAAACGGCGAAGUGCGUUAUAUUCUGUUUGUUGACGAAGCAAACCAGAUUAGUAAUAAUUCGCUCAUUUUUCAGUCUAACGGAUUAAAAUUUUUAAAAGACUGCUUGGAGGGCGUGGAUAAAGACGAAAGCAGCGAAAAUUUGCCGAUUAAGCAAUCCACUCGAUUUUACUUGAAAUUGAAAAAUGAAAAAGAAGUAGAUAUUGAAAUAGGCGAGUUUUUAGAGUUUUUUUGGCACAUCAAAGAAAAGUAUUCAACUUCAUUUGACGGAGUUUAUGAAAGCGUCCAGAAACCAACCCUAGAAAAGGUUUUAGAAAGCAGUUUAAAUAAUCUGACUAGAAUAAUUAACGGCAAAUUAGAUGAAAUAAUAGAGCAAUUGGAACCUGAUGAGGACGAUGGAGAAGAAAAUAUAAUCGUUAAAUUGCAAAGCGAAGUUGAAUUAUUGAAAGACAGAAAAAAAAUAAGUUACGUUCAAGCAGCAGUAGGUAUCUGUGUUGCCAGUGCGGGAGCAGCUACUCCUUUUGUAAGUGCGGUCGGUGGUUACUUAAUAGGUGAUAAAGCCGAUAAAGAAUCAGCCGAAAGGGAAAAAUUGAUGAUGCAGGACGGACGCUACAAAGACGCCAACCAAGAAGUAGACAAGCAAGCAAAUCAAAAUAACCAAACAAAGAAUAUAAUAGAGGACAUUGUCGCCAAGUUAAAUGGUAACAAACCACGACAAUCACACGAAACCGACGAACACUUGAAGCAGCAGUUAGCGAUCGCCCAAAAUAGUUUAAAAGAUGGUGAAAGCAGAUUACAAAGAUUAAGAGGUGAUGUUGACAAAUUGAGAAAAGAACUGGGUGGUGGUGGAAAUUUACUGAGUCUUUUGGGUCUGGAUAAAUUAUCUUUUGCUGAUAAAGUGAUAAUUGCUGGCGGUAUAGUGUUGACCGAAAAAGGAUGUUUUUUGUAUUUCUUGCAAAAAAAAAAAAUAGAAAAGGGAGAAAAGUAUGAAAAUAUUCGUCGGAGGGAAGAAGACGGUCUUAAAGCGAAUGUUGAGAAUGAGGAACUUUCGGCAGAUGAUUACAAAGAGAUUAAGAAAUUUUUUAAAAAACUAAACCGAGCAGAAAAGCAAAAAGAAUUAGAUGACCCGCUAAUUAAGGAAGAAAUAAAAAGUUUACAAAAUUCCUUAAAAGAAUUGGAAGAACACGCAUCUCCUCGCACCCAAGACCAAGCCAGCAGUGAUAAAAGCCGCCAAAGAAAAGCCAAAAAAAAAUGUCGCCACGAACAAAUAGAACCUUACGAGGAUGACCUCAAUAAUUAUUAUUGUUCUUAUUGCAUUAAUCCGCCGUCCAAGAAUAACGACGACAAUAAAAAUAACCAAAAAAAAGAACAGCAAAAAACCGAAUUACAACAAACCAUCACCAAUCUAGAAAACAAAUCUAAUCGCACCCCCGAAGAAGAAGAGGAUUUGAAAAAGAAAAAAAAGAAUUGA